AUGAACAGGUAUCUUAUCAAUUAAGAUUCCCCCACUGGGUUGUAUCUCUGGCGCCCGUUCUCUCCGGUUCAAGUUCUCGGUCGUUACACCAAAUAACCUAGAUUUUGGCGUUGGUGCAUGCCAAUCAUCUGAGUGUCGAGAUGCCACUUCGAAUCACGUCAUGGAAUGUCAAUGGCAUCAGGUUUGCACCCGCCUAGUUGAGCCUGCGUGCGGAGAUCGCUUGUCUGACCAGCUCCAGAAAUCCAUUCGGGUAUGAGCCAUGGCGCGCAAACCGCACCUAUCAGGCAAUGUUCGACACGCUGGAGGCAGACAUUGUUGUCAUGCAAGAGGCCAAGAUCCAGCGCAAGGAUCUGCAGGAUGACAUGGUCUUGAUUCCAGGAUGGGAUGUCUACUUCAGCCUCCCCAAGCAUAAGAAGGGCUAUUCUGGAGUUGCCAUUUACACUCGUUCUUCCAAGUGCGCUCCCAUCCGCGCCGAGGAAGGCAUCACCGGCAUCCUCUGCCCACCGAACUCCUCCACAACUUUCAGAGACCUUCCAGAAGACCAACAGAUCGGAGGUUAUCCGAGACCAGGACAGCUUUCCGGCGAAGUUGACGAAGCCACACUUGACUCUGAGGGUCGCUGUGUCAUCCUCGAGUUUCCAGCUUUUGUUCUCGUAGGAGUCUACAGCCCAGCAACCCGAGACGAAUCACGAGACGAGUUCCGCCAUGCUUUCACUGAAGCCAUGGAUGUCAGAGUACGCAAUCUCGUCGCGAUGGGAAAGGAGGUGGUUCUUACCGGUGAUCUCAACAUCAUUCGCUCAGAAUUGGACACGGCCGGUCUGGUCGAACAAUUACGAAAGGAAGAAGUGAGUCUUGAUGAUUUCUUCUCCAGUCCGUCCCGCCGCUUUCUCAACCAAAUAGUAUUUGGGGGACGUGUGGUUGGGACAAGAGACGAGGGCCGUGAGGAAGCUGUUCUAUGGGACCUCUGCAGGGAAUUUCAUCCCACCCGUACCGGAAUGUACACUUGCUGGGAUACUCGGAAAAAUUGCAGGCCGGGGAACUUUGGGAGCCGGAUUGAUUACGUUCUCUGCAGCUCUGGAAUCAAGGACUGGUUCAUCGACGCCAACAUCCAGGAGGGUCUUCUCGGUUCUGACCACUGCCCAGUCUAUGCCACCAUGGGCGAUACUGUCAAUCACAACGGCACGACGGUUCCCAUUACCGAUGUCAUGAACCCACCGGGCAUGUUCAAGGACGGCGAACGACAACGAGAGUGGACCAUCAAAGAUGCCCUCCCAACUUCGGCAAAGCUGAUACCAGAAUUUAGCAACCGACGGAGCAUCAAGGACAUGUUCUUCAAGAAGCCUAAAGCGACGAUCAAGCCAACGACAGCAACAGCCAUUCCUGGCAGUCAAGACCCACCUCCUCUCACCAUUACCAUCUCUACGGGCCCUGAGAAAGACUCUUGGGCCCAGGGCGAUCUGGCCUCCUCACAGCCAUCGAGUCAAGUCACAGCACCCCCAAGCUCAGGCAGCACACUUGUGGCCUCUCCACAAAAGCCACCAGUGAAACGCCCAGCAGUCGCUUCCCCUGCUAAAAGACCACAGAAGAAGGGAAAGGUCACACUUGCGAAAGAGCCGUCCAAGACUGGUGCGAGUGCCUCCCAGGGCACGCUGAAAAGCUUCUUCAAGCCCAAGACACCCGUUCCCAGCCCAAGCCAGGAGCCAACUGGCACAGACAACACAGCCUCGGCCACAGCAGACAUUUCUACUGCUUCAGAGUUGCUACCAGCAGAAUUACCCCCUGAAAUCCCAAGCCCCAACCAAUCUUCGAAAGGGAGCGCCGAAAGCUCUGCCAAGGAAACGCCCCUGACGACCGUCCCAACUGACGACAAGGUCUUUGAUCCUAUUGAGAACAAAGCCUCCUGGUCUAAGCUCCUUGGCAAGCGCGUCGUCCCAAAGUGUGAGCAUGGCGAGGAUUGCGUAUCGAGGAUAACGAAGAAGCCGGGGGUCAAUUGUGGCCGGUCCUUCUUCAUGUGCGCCCGUCCCACGGGUCCGUCUGGCAAGAAGGAGGACGGGACGACGGAAUUCUGCUGCAAGACCUUCAUCUGGAGCAGCGAGUGGAAGCCUAGCUCUUCGGCGUCGUUGUCUGGCUAGUGGUCUCAGAACAGUGGUGUUGAUCUGCAUUUUGCUACUCAACGGCUACUUGGGGAUUUUGGAACGGGGAGUUUGGGCGUUGAAUGAUAGGAAAAAGGAUGAUGGGGAUAAUACAUAUUAGCAUGUGGCAUGGCAUCUACCAUGAUCUGGCUAUCUUUUGCGUCACGAGCACGUUGCUUUAGCUUGGGGAAGAAGACAGGCAGUGGGAAGAGAGAAAGAGUUGGCAGACUGAAGGGAAGUGCCAAAGAGGCAGUUGGCCUAGAACAAGGGUAAUCGAGCUACUUGCUUGAUCCAGACGGUAUCAGGCGCUGUCCAUUUUGCCCGUCUAGCUUAGCCCCAAUGACAACUCUUGGUUUGUGCAUGCUCGGGUUUUCCGACAUUGGAUAUGGCCUGCGAGGAAACGGCAGUUUGACAAUGAAGAGUCAGUGUGAGG